UGUCUCCGAGUUCUCUACUAGGAAAGUGUUUGCAGAUUUUGGACUAAAGUAUACCUUUAGUGCUGGGGAGAUUUUUCUCUGUGAGCAGGAGGUGGAUUUUUUUCUGCUGGUAUUAAUCAAUAUGAAAAGAUUUGCAUCACUCCAUGGCCUAUGUUAGCUAUUGAAUGAUUGUUCUAAUAAUUCAGUGAGAUAGUCACUGUUAUUAUCUGAGACAGUUCUCAGCAACUAAAUCUUCAGAACAAAUUGUUAAGAGGCUACUGGAAUUGAUAUAUUUAAUGACCAUCAUAUUGAUCUGUUGUGAAGUUAUUGGUGAUAUAAUCAUUGUCCAUUUCAAUGCUGGUAUCCAUUUAGAUUGGUGUUAGUCCUUGUGUUUCUAGCUUUAUUUCUAAUUAUAGUGUAAAAAUAAUAGGACACAGCUUCCAGUUGAGAGAAGCACAAUGUAUUAAGUGAUUCAAAUGACCCAAUGACACCAAGAGACACUGGGGGCAUUUUUGAAGGGCCCAGGGGGCAUCUUAAAGGUGUGAGAUGGAUUAGGACAAGCCAGCAGAAGGGGGAAAGAUUGCAGUGAGAAUUCUUUAUGAAUACACUUCUGGAUGGAAAGACUAUGGUACAAAGUUUUCUCUUUCUGAAACAUGAGGGUUCUGCAGAGUGAAGCCCCAAGGAUCCUAACUACGCAGUGUGACUUUAUGAGGGACCAGGCACCUUCAGUCCCCACAGUACAGAAGACUUAGAAGGGAAAAGGUAAUGGCAGCAAUGAAUAGUUUCACUUGGCUUAGCGACAGGGUCUUUCUGCUACAGAGACUCCUUUUGGCUGUGAGGGCAUUAUGGGCUCCAAACAGCUUCUCAGCUCUCUGGCUGGACCUUGCUAGGUGCAGAGGCAGCACAGCUGUGUGCACAAUGCAGUGCUGUGAAGCACAGAAACUCUGCUUCCACCAGACCAUCAGCUACACCACUCCUGUUGGCUCUGUUGCCUCAGGUUCCCUGUAAGCAGGACUGAAGUUGCUGGCUUCCUUUGUAGCAUUUUGCAGCCCUAGAGCAACCUGAAAAUGUUUAUUGGAACAUUUCUUUCUGCACUUGUGGUAAGGAACAGAGACAGCAAGCAGAGAUUGUCUAGCACAGAAACACUGAAGAUUGAUCUCCUAGAAGCAAAGCCUCUCCUGCUAUCUUGCCAGGGGAGGUUUCCCAGACCCAGCAGUUUUCAAGCUUUUUCUAUUCACAGGCUUCUGUAUUUCCCGUUUCCCCAUCUGCAAGGGAGUGCACACUAAAAAUGGGCCUGCUUUUCUAUGUGCUGUUCACGACUCUUAUUAACAAGGUACAGAGGCCCCCAUGCCACUGUAACUGGGUAUUUAUAACCACAGGGCUAAGCACCACAGAACAAUAGUUCCCAUCUUUGUUCAUACACUGACACUAAGUUACAACAGGAAAAAAAAACUCAUGCUGCAGGGCCUUGAGUUGCUGAAGCUUAAAGAAAGGAAGGAUGUUCACAAUACCCAUCCAAGGCAUUAAUAAACUCCUCACCUCCUAUAUGGAAAAUUCAGACAUAGACUCCACUCAGCAGCUUCCCUCUGUCCUCCUUUAAUAGGAAAUCACCCCUAAACAAAAACCUGGGAUGGUGGCUUUCACCUCCUUGGAGUCUGACCUUUCUUGUGAAAGAUGUUCUUCUAUAUUGCAGAUCCUCUGAAUCCCAUUGGGGGACAACAGAUUAGUUCUGGCAGCAUUACUCCUCUGGGCACUGAGUCACCUAAUCUCAGGGGAAUUUCUGUCCCCAGGGUUUCAAAAGACCUUUUGUGUCUUCACAGAGAUAAUGGUAGCAGCACCUCUGACCCCAGUCCUCAGGAUAUUUCAGACUUUGCAGGGAUUAAGAAAAACAUUUUAAAGUUUUACUAUCUGAAAGUUACAAUGGAAUAUGUAAUUAAAAGUACACAUUCAUAUGGGUAUGUGUGUGGACGUGAGUGUGCACGCGUAUGGAGAUGGAAAACCUUUCUUGUAGCUGGGCUGAAGCAACAAAAAUUUGGCUGGAUGCCAUCCCUGAAACGGUGGUCCAGGAUGAGCAUGUCUCAUGGGGGCUUUUUGACAUAAAUCCCACCCCAGACUUUUCUUUCUCAGGACAGAAGCCAUGGAGAGGAACGGUGCUGCCUUUCUGCCGACACCAGACCCCACGCACCACUUCCACGUAGCGCUGCUGGAUCAGAGGCGGAGGCUGCGUGGCCAAAUCGCUCACCUUCACAAGGCAGCUCGGAAACUCAACCAGCUGCGCAAGAGGUCCCUGAUCGCCAACGUCAGCGGGAGCACGCUGACCGCUGCCGGAGCGGUCACAGCCAUCCUGGGGCUGUCCCUGAGCCCGGCCACGCUGGGAGCCUCUCUGCUGGCGUCGGCCGUGGGUCUGGGCCUGGCCACGGCUGGGGGGGCCGUCAGCAUCACUUCCGACCUCUCCUUAGUGCUCUGCAAUUCCCGGGAGGUCAGGAAGGUGCAGGAAAUUGCAGUGACUUGUCGGAAACAGAUGAGGGAAAUACUCGGCUGCCUGGAGUUCCUUCGGCGGGGGCAGGGCCCGGGCGACCCUGCGCUGCGCCAGUCGGAGAAGAGGGCAUCCAUCUCGCUCUACAACUCCGUCUGCUUCAUGGUCUUCUGCGGCUCCCACAGCUUCCUCGUGCCAGAAUGCACAAAGGAGGUCACUAAAGUAAGCCAGGCUGUGCUGAGGGCCAAAAUCCAGAAGCUGGCUGACAACCUCGAGACCUGCACCAGGGCAAUGGAUGAAGUCUGUGAUCUUCUUGAGUCCAGAGCAGAGCUUUCCCCACGUACGAGGAGACUCAGCUUGCGUGCUAAAACCACUGCCAAGAGCCUGAGACCGUCCAGCUGAAACAGUGUUUGGUCCAUAUUAAAACUGGGUUUGGAGGCAUUACAUUAUUAACUGUGAGCAUUAGCAUUGCUACCUGUUGUUUUACAGUUCACGGUGCUGAUGCUGUGAGGCAGACAUUCUGCAGACCCCUUUUUCCCCAGCCAUCUCCACUGCCCUUCUUCCCCAAGGCAGCAAAAAGAAGUAGGUCAGGAGGCAGAUGAAAAUACCUGAUGCUGACUGAACCUGGUUUGUAAACAAUUUAUGAAUUUGUGUGUGGUACAAGGGCUGGAGUACCCUAAAAAAGCCAGCAGCUGCCGAUUUCCAGUAGAGUACAAUCCCAUUACCAAGGUACAUCUGGAAAGGCUGCAGAAAGAAGCUGCAGCUCCAGAUAUGACAGACUGUAUGGAUCGUUCACCAUCCCAGGGUGAAAUAGCAGGGCCAGAAUUUAUCCAUUUUGGAGAAACCUCUCCAGACUGAGAACUGUGAUGUUUGCAUUCUAUUUAUUUACCUAGAAUGAUUUUAAGCUUGUGAUAUUGUAUUUAAGAGUGUAUAUAUUUUUUUUUUCUUUUUUUUAAAGGAGGCCUCUGUUCCAAAGGAAAGCUGUUGUUUUUUAGAGUAAAAGCAAGUCUGUAGCAUGUGAGAGCAAGUUACCUGUUAUUUUGCUGUGAGGGAGGGCAAAUCCCUGUAGGACAAGGAAAGCAUGACCUGAAUGCUGAUAGUAAUAAAAUAGGUGAAACAGUUCAAACAGUGACAAUAAAUUUUAGGAGCCAAAACAGAGAGAAGAAGAGUGGCCCUGGGACCAGAGUCUGCCUCAGGGCGUUGGUGGAAGGAAGCAGUUGUAUCUCCUGCAGCAGGAAGGGAAGGGUAGGUUGGUGUUAUGUGAUGGGAGCACACCUGAGAGGUGGAGGUGCCACUCUCCAUGCAGUUGAGCAGCCUGUGAGACCCAGAGUGGAUCAUCUGUGAGGGGGGAGGCAGCACUCAUGGAAAGCUACACGUACUCCUAGCACUGCUUCCCACAAAAGGCUUCAUAUCAGUGAAAUACUUGUGGGUACUAAUAUUCAGGAGGGGUAGGGAGGAGUAGGAUGAUUCAGUGGCAGAGCCCCUACAAAGCAGGAGCAAGGACCGGGACCCUGUUUCAAGUGACUGUUCUGCUGAAUAUGCCCUUUGUGAUUUUGAGCCAUCAGUACCUCAGUUCCCUGUCUAAAAACGGGGAUAGUAGCACUUCCCUACCUCACAAGGAUGUGUCUGGGAUCACCCCACUGAGAAGUGCCCAAGUAUGGUGAUGAUGGGGAUCAUGUCAGUACCUGAAAGAGGUACAAGGAAGAGACCCUGAAACUAGCUUGAGGUGACUCAAAGAGGUAAUGCAGAGGUAACUGCCUCCACAAGCAUGCCCCAGUGGAUAAGGGAAACUUCGCCGCACAGGCACAAAUCCAAGUGAUCAGAAAAACCUACCCUGUAAUUCUGCAACACUGACCAAAUUCUUAGGGGGGGCAGCACUUCGUGCCACAAAGGUUGAAUCCUUGUCCUUUUUGUCCCUUCUUUUCAUUAUAUCAACUUUGUUUUAAUAUGUUGUAAGAAGAAUAAAAGCUCUGUUUCCCCAGAGUGGGACUCAAAUGCUUUUGAUACCCAUGCCUGUUUGCCAGAAAUGAACAAGUACACUGCUGAUUCAAAUAAAUGAAUAUGAAGCA